CACACACACACACACACACACACACACACACACAGACAAGUAGUGUUUAAAGUGACAGAACAUUUGGGAACACGGUGAGCCAUCAUGUUCAGGAACAGCCUGAAGAUGUUGCUGGGAGGCAAACCCCGUAAGAACCACACAGGUCACGGCGGCUCAGAGUCAGAGGGGUCAGAGGUCAGGAUGAUGGAGGGAUUCACUCGAUCACUUCCUUCUUCUCCUCUGCUCAACCUGCGCCUGGGAAAGAGAACAGGUGAGGAAGAGCAGCUGGGCCCCCCUCCCUCGGUGGAUGAAGCAGCCGACGCUCUGAUGACCCGGCUGGGCUUCCUGCUGGGGGAGAAGGUGGUCAGUGAGCCAGGAGAAUACAGACAGGAGGAUGAACAGAGGAUCUCUCCCUCCUCCAGUCUGGCCAGCAGCAGCUCCUCCCCCACCUCCACCCUGCCUCCCCCUGCUGGAGGGGAGGGAAACAACAACAAACAGGCCUCCUCCCUCCAGGCCUCCGUCACCUCGCCCUCCUCCACUGGAGAGCAGGGACAGCGGCAUUAUAGGUAA